CUGUGCGAUGUCGCGGGGUCAGGGGCUGAUCUCUCCAAGUUUACAGAAGAGACAGGAAACCGCGAAAGAACGCCAGGAAUGUCGGUGUUUGGCCGCCGCUCCGCUCCGCCGCUCGGACGUCACGGCUCUUCUGCGGGUAUAAGAGCGGCCGCCUGGCCGCCUCAGACAGGCAACACGGAUCUUCCCCUGCAGCGGCACGGAUCAGCCACUGAAGAUCAACCGUCUCCCCGACUCCGAAAGGAACCGAGAGAAGAAGAGACUCACCGAUCGGAGAGCACACGCAGACGCUGCUGUGAAGAUUUUACUUCUUAGAAGAAAAGUUAACGCUACUGAAGAAAAGCAGAAUGUCAACUGGAACGAACAACUUCAAAAUGAUCUCUUUCCUUUGUCUCACACUGGUCUCCUUGGUUUGGGCUCAGGAGUGCAGCGGGCGGUGCAGCUGCCCCGAGGCCCCUCCUCGCUGUGCCCCGGGGGUGCCGCUGCUGACCGACGCCUGUGGCUGCUGCAAGGUGUGCGCCAGGCAGAGGGGUGAGCUCUGCACCGAGAGGGACGUUUGCGAUCCCAAAAAGGGGCUCCACUGUGACUUCACCUCCCCCUCCGAGCCCAGGACCGGAGUCUGCGCAGCGAAAGAGGGCGCGGCGUGUGAGUUCAGGGGCGUGACGUACAGGAGCGGGGAGUCCUUCCAGAGCAGCUGCAAGUACCAGUGCACCUGCCUGGAUGGGGCGGUGGCCUGCGUGCCCCUCUGUGGCAUGGACAUCCGCCUCCCCAGCCCCGACUGCCCCGCCCCGCGCCGCGUCAAGCUGCCCGGCAAGUGCUGCGAGGAGUGGGUGUGCGAGCCACGCCCCGCCCAACUUCACAGCUUCCUCGGCCCCGCCCUCGCCGCGUACAGAGAGGAGGAGACCUUCGGGCCGGACCCAGCCCCGAUGAGGCAGAACUGCCUGCUCCAGGCCACCGAGUGGAGCGCCUGCUCAAAGACCUGCGGCAUGGGCAUGUCCACCCGCGUCACCAACGACAACCGCGAGUGCCGGCUGGAGAAGCAGACCCGCCUGUGUAUGGUGCGGCCGUGCAGCUCGCACCCGGAGCAGAGCGCCAAGAAAGGGAAAAAGUGCCACCGCAGCCUGCAGGCGUCAGAGCCAAUGAGGUUCGAGUUCUCGGGCUGCGUGUCGGUGAAGGCCUACAGGCCCAGUUUCUGCGGGGCGUGCUCCGACGGCCGCUGCUGCUCGCCCCACAAAACCGCCACGCUGCCCGUGGACUUCAGCUGCCCCGGCGGCCGCGUCACCACCCAGCAGAUGAUGUUCGUCAAGACCUGCUCAUGCCACCGCAACUGCCCGAGCGAGAACGACGUGCUGGGCGCUGCCCACCGUGCGUGAGCAGACCGCCGUGCGUGAGCAGACCGCCGUGCGUGAGCAGACCGCCGUGCUUGAGCAGUCCACCGCUAACGCCGCGCGCCCCGACCGACGAGCGACACCACCUUUCACUUGAAGCCAGCAGACAUCCGUCUCACCUGCAGCACAAUAUUUGUUGUUUUUUAGGUCUAGUUCCUUUGCUUUUGUGUGUUUUUGGUUGCUUUACAUUAUAUAGUUAAGAAAGAUACCAAACCACAUGUUUAUGCAAAAAAGACUGUAUGUUUGAGCAUAUUAAUAGAAGGUGAUAUUAUGUAAGACAUUCACUUUGAAGGAGUUAUGAAAGACAAGAGGGCUCUCCAGCCCUGUCAGAGACACUUCAUUAUACUUCCACUGUCUAACAGCCCCUGUGCUGUUACGGACCAGCCAAUCACAGCUCUCUUCUCUCUGAACUGUGGGCAACUGGCUUACUUCCUCUUACCACUGUCAGAAAAACAGGUGCAGGUGUAGGCCAAAGGAAACAUACCCACCACAGACCUGCGGUAUUAGAUUUAACCCAAAGGAAUCCUACUGACCAUAAAGCUACUGUAUUAGAUUUAGCCCAAAGGAAACAUACCCACCACAGACCUGCGGUAUUAGAUUUAACCCAAAGGAAUCCUACUGACCACAAAGCUACUGUAUUAGAUUUAACCCAAAGGAAUCCUACUGACCACAAAGCUACUGUAUUAGAAUAUGCUUAGUAAGUGAUCAGUAAUCGGUACUGAUCUUUCCUGAAACAGUAUUGAUAGCACUUUUACAGCCCCCUGCUCUUACAAUUAAAAAUGUGCUUUGAAAGUCUGAUGGGACACCAACAAAAAAAAAAACUUUUUAUAUCCUGAGAGGAUAAUCCAAUUUACCUGACAAAGACUGGAUAAUGUACAACUUUCCAAUAACUGUAAAUAUUGUAUAUAUUUCUGUACAGUUCCUAAGUUAAGUUAAUUUAAAGCCAAUGUAAUGUUUACAUUCUUUGAUUUGACUUGACAGUUUGCUUGUCAGAGUGAUUGCACUUUUGACAGUCUGCUUGCACCACGACUGAGAAGUUGUGAGCAGAGCGUUGCACGUUUUCAUUCGAACU